AUGAAUGGAGUUCUCGGUUCGAUUUAUGAAGAUGUUCGUGAAUAUGCUAUUAAAGUUUGUUCUAUUAUGCUAGCUAUUCAAAACUUUGAAUGGAUUUUAUAUUCGCAUGCAGAGAAAGAUCAUUGCUUUAUGCAUGAUUACCGACUAUUUUGUCGAGAUCAAAAUUCAUCUCGUAGUGAUCUAGCAUCAUGUACGCCUGAAAUUGCAUGGAAUUUCUCCACUCUAGAACAGUACAACAUUAAUACUGACGAUUUACUGAACUGGCAAAUUCCAUUUGAUGUUGUUGAACAUUACGCAGAUUAUUUGAAUACAGGUUCAAUGAACAGCUUCAUCUGUAAUUGCACAUAUGAUCGAAUUGGACCCUCAUGCCAAUACAAGCUAAUUUCUGAUCUACCUACAAUCGGGGAAGUAUUAAAAAAUCAACUUCUUCAUCCGCAUGAACGUGAAAGUGAGCUUCCAGCAUGUUUAAUUGAUGGUAUCGAAUGUAAUGCAGGUUUACUCUGUCUGGAAUGGCGACAAGUAUGUGAUGGAAUACCUCAUUGUGAUAAUGGUAUAGAUGAAGCUGAAUGUUACUUGCUUGAAUUUCAAAAGUGUGCAUCAGACGAAUUUCAAUGUCGAAAUUCAAUGUGCAUACCACUUGAAUUUCUCUUCGAUGGUACAAUUGAUUGUAUGGAUAGAAGUGAUGAACAAGAAAUACGUAGGAUACGAGAACUUGUUGCAACAUGUCCGACAAAGUCGACUUUGGAAUGUGAUGAAAGGUUAUGUCGCAAGGAUGAAUUCAGUUGUGGAGAUGGUCAAUGUAUACCUUGGUCUAAUUUGAUUCAUCAUCAAAAUAGUUGUAAGAAUGCUCGUGAUGCUGCUUAUCAUUGUGAAGCGAUCGAAAAAUUCGCAACAAUGCCUAGUGGUGUUUGCCGAUACAAUGGUCGUGGUAAGUGA